CAACCAAUCCCCAAUGUCACAAAAAAAACAAAACCAUCUUAGCUUUUUUAACUUUUGCUUCAAGAAAAAAAAAAUGGCAGCAAGAGAGCCAUUCAAUGUCACAGCAAAUUCACCUUCAGGAGUCACUACUCCACACUCAGCAUGGCAUUCACCAAUUCCCUACUUGUUCGGUGGCUUGGCUGCCAUGCUUGGUCUCAUAGCGGUUGCGCUUCUCAUCCUUGCUUGUUCUUAUUGGAAACUGUCAGGUUACCUUGAGAACGGUGAGGGAGGGCAAGGGGAGAGAGACUUGGAAGCAGGAGAAGGUACAGGAGACGAGAUCCAGAAAGUAGGGGCACCUGUUAUGGAACAAAAGUUUUUUGUUAUUAUGGCUGGAGAAGUAAAGCCAACGUUCUUGGCCACCCCCAUUUCUUCUAGCAGGUCUUCUUCUUUCGGUGACAAGAGUGAAAAGAGCUGCUGCGGUACUGAAAAGUGUGAGAAAUUGGAGGAGGAAGGAGAGAAGCAGGUGAGUGGUGGUGAUGGCGAUGAUCAGGUGCAAAGUGGGAGCAUGGGGACUCUGCGAUCUUCAAGUCAGGAGAAUCAGGACCAUUGAUUUUUCUUUUCCCUUUUUCUUUUAGCAAAGGAUUUUCCUGUGACCUCCUUAGAUGGAUGCUGGGUUUUUCUAGGUGGGUUUUCUUUUCCUGAAAGAGAGCUCAAGGUUUUGCUUUUGGAUCUUUUUGAGGUGGGAGUUGUCCGUCUGUGUAUCAGCUUGCAUGUUUGAUUGGUGUGAGCUUAUCUUUUGCAACAGAUUAAUUCCUUUUCCUUUUGUUUUACUCUUACCUUCGGAAAAUGUAUAUAAAUUUUUAUUGAGAUUGAAUGGAAUGAAGAAUUCACUGUUCUUCAUAUGGAUCUUUCCAGGGUAGUUUUUAUUAAGAUUUGUCACAUUAAUUCAGUAAAUAUAGUCUUGUAUAACUAGAAUUAAUAUGACCAAAGCAUAAAUUUUGCCAAGGUUCCUUUUGCAAAAUCCUGGAACCUGCCGAAUGUUAAACAAACUAGGGUUCUCCCUAGAGAAGGCAAGGUUACAGAGAAAGGCACGUGUGAGGCUAUGGUGAUAGGUUUCUAUACAAGUUCCUGAUGCGGCGUGGCGAAGCAGCACAGAUUGCACAGCCUCGACUCUACUAUUCUCUUUCUCAACAUUGAUUCAGUUCUAUUAAAGUCUGUGCUUUGCUCUGCCACUACACCAGUCCCAACAUCUAAUAAUACAUUCCAUUAUUGCAGAGCAAUCAAUGUCUUCAAAUUACAAAAAUCAUCCUUGCCUUGCGCAUUCCUGACUUGGUUUGGUGGGUUUUGGAUCAUGUAAAGCCACCUUUUUCUGGUGACGUACCAACUCCAAAGCCCCAGGUUUGGUUUAAUUUUGGCUUUUGCGGGAGUAGUAGUACAAAAUACGCCCAAUUCCAAUUCCAAAGUGGGACAAACUCAUCAAUAACCCAACAGCGAUUGUCCCAACUGCCAAACUUAAAUAAGUGGUUUGUAUUGAAAAUGCAUUCAACUCUACAUGUAAGCAACAAUCAUUGGUACAUAAUGAUUUAUGAGGUAAGCCAUCUACUGAGCUAGAUACCAUAUUGAUCUGCAUCAAAAGAUGAGUUGCACCAUUGGUUUGUUUACAAAUUUCAUGUUUCAAGCCACCAACUUCCUAUUAAC